AUGAGUUCUUUUAUCGGAAAUGUCACUUAUCCCGAGCACGCCCCCGCGUCCCACGGGAAUCUGCUUUUUGACGCCAAUUUCGAGUCGGGUACGGUAUUUUUUGUUUUUUUUUGGAUAUAAAAUGAUAUCGAAGAGUUUAUCGACGUUUUUCAAGGAAAUCUGGGCCGCGUGGACAAAGUCUCCGGCUCCGAGUACGACCUGUUCAUCCGUCCGGACACCCUCAACAACAAGUACCGCGUGUGGUUCUAUUUCGAAUGCAAAAACGCGAGCGAGAGUCAAGUGGGCGCGCGCAAAUUCGCUCCAUUAAGAACUUUGAGCGAUUCCAGAGAGUCAUCUUCAAUAUUGUCAACUUCUCGAAACAACGGACGCUUUUCGAGAUGGGCAUCGCGGCGCCCGUCGUCAAAUCAAACGCGCACAACAGUUGGUGAGGGCGGCAAACGCGCUCCACGGAUAAUUUGUGUUAUUAUCCGUCAGGGCGCGCAUCCCAUCUCGUCACAUUUACUAUUAUCGGAGCACACAGCACGGAGACCGUUGGAUAUUGUCGUUCGCCUACAUCUUCGAGUCGCCGGACGCCGUUCAGUUCGCCUAUUGCAUACCGUACACCUACAGUAGUCUGCAGACGUGGCUCGCCGAGUUGGAAGCACGAGAUUACCCGUUUUUCCAUCGGGAUCUGCUGACUUUUACGGUGGUUCGUCGGGUUACUGUAGUCUGGAAACAUACGAUAUAUUCCAGACAAUUUAUCUCAGUUGCCGUUAGAGAUAUCGAAAAGUUUUCAACUGAGAAAAUGUUUAUAUAAACCUUGUGUACAUUUUUGUAGUUGACUACUUUUUAAUAUCUCCACACACAGCUGAGAUAAAUCGUUCUCAACUGCUAUUGUGGUUCUCUAGUGAUCCGCUUUAUUCAAAGCACUCUAUCUCAACUGCCGGUGACGAUAUAGAUAAAUCGUUUUGAAUAGACAAGUCUACUGUAGUCUCUAGUUUAAAGGAGCAGGCCACUUUCUUCAUGAAUUUUUCCAGCAAAAACGACGCGUGGACCUGAUAACGAUAGACGGAUCGCCCGACUCUUUUCAGGGCGCCAAGAAAAUGGUCUUCCUGACCGCCCGCGUUCAUCCCGGCGAAUCGCCGAGCAGCCACGUCAUGCACGGUACGAAAACUGGAGGAUAACUGAGAAAUAAUGAACAUUUUUCUUUUCAGGAAUAAUCGAAUUCCUCGUAUCCGGCGACGAACGUGCUCAAAAGCUUCGCAAAGUGUACUGCUUCAAGAUAGUGCCAAUGCUGAAUCCGGACGGAGUUUCGCUCGGAAAUUAUAGGUGGGCAAGUGCGAAUCUACAAUCUCCGCCCAAAUUUUUGUUUGAGAUGCUCGAUAAUGGGUCACGAUUUGAAUCGAAUGUGGCGGAAUCCAUCGGAAUGGGCACAUCCGUCGAUUCACGCCGUCAAGAACCUCCUGACGCAGUACGACAACAAUCCGGUCCGUACUCCAACUUUUUAAACCCAAAAACAUAUUUCCAGCAAGCCCAAACAGUGCUCUACGUGGAUUUACACGCUCACUCGCAGAAGCCCAAUUGUUUUUUGUACGGAAAUGUUUCGUUGACCGCUGUUCGUUUCGUUUCUUCUACUUGAGACCAGGGGUGUGCGGAAAAUAUUUCGAUUUUCCGAAAAUGUUUGGCAAAAUUUUCGGAAAAUUAGUGUGGAUUCAAGGUCAAUUUGUCCGAAACCACCGUAUGCUUUUUAAAGGCGCAUCACAACAUUUUUGGAAGGGUCUAGCAGCGAGCGUCUUUUUAAAUUUGAUUCUAAUUUUUUUGCAAAAAAAUAUUCCAUUGCUUGGCUUCCGCCCACUCAAGUGAUUUCAAAUCAUAAUAAGCAUUUUUUUGUAUUAGAACGUUGUUUAAACACUUUAUUGAACCAAUGAACAAGUGAGUUUUCCGAUUUUUCCGAUUUUUCCGAUUUUUCCGAAAUUUUCCGAAAAAAAAAAUUCGGAAAACCCGAUUUUCCGAAAUUUUCCGAAAAAAAAAUUCGGAAAAACCGAUUUUCCGAAAUUUUCCGAAAAAAAUUUUCCGCACACCCCUGCUUGAGACCCAACAAUGUUUUUUCGACUUUUCAGGUCGAAGAAAAGUCGACGUCUCGUCAGUUGUGGCUCCCGCAUUUGCUCGCCGAGCUCUCCGAGGACUACUCUCUCGAGUACACCCAGUUUAAUACGGAUGCCGAGAAGGCGGGCACCGGCAGACGGUAACAGAGACCAAAAGUGUACGCGUUUGCGCCUGAAAGAGUCGUUUUUAGGACAAUGGGCGAUCUGCUUUCAUGCCUUUGCUACACGCUCGAAGUCUCAUUUUUCUCCUAUCGACACGCGGAUUCGGGAAAUGGCGCACAGCACUGUACACCGUAUUUACAGUACAAAUGUACAGUUACGAAAACAAAAAUAGCUAGCUUUACCAAUUAGUUUCAGACGAAGCCCUCGGCGAAUCGUUCUGCCGGGCGCUGCUCAACUUCUACGAGGCCGACUGUGGUCUGCGUGACGUCGCGCUGGCUCGUCCGUUCAAAUCGUUUCUGCCGUCGCGUGCGCAAAAAAGUCUGAAGCAGGCGCGAAAAAUGAUACAGACGGUGAAGAGUUUCGAGUGA